AUGAUAAAGUGGACUCAUUUGCUAUUAGUGAUACAGUUAGUAGCUGUUAUAGUUGCUCGGGCCACUGAAGAUGAAUACAAAGAUGAUCCCAAUAUUUUUGAAUUAACCCCUAGCAAUUUUGAUAAAGUUAUUCAUAAAACAAACUAUACUUCCAUUGUUAAAUUCUAUGCUCCUUGGUGUGGUUACUGUCAACAGUUAAAGCCAGUAUAUAAAAAGUUAGGUAAAUUUUUACAUGAAGAUAGUCAAUAUGAUGUUAAUGUAGCUGCAGUUAAUUGUGAUAAAGAAUAUAAUAAACCAUUAUGUUCUCAAUAUCAAGUACAAGGUUUCCCUACAGUUAUGGUCUUUAGACCUCCUAAGUAUGUUUCAGGAAAUGAAGUUAAAAAUACUAGAGCAGCUAGUGAAAUUUAUAAUGGUGAAAGAAAUUUAAAAGCUAUGGUGUCAUUUGUCACAUCAAGGCUCAAGAAUUAUACUAAGAGAUUCCAUAAUAUCAAUAGUGAAUCCUUAAAAGCUUGGCUUGGAAGAGAUGUGAAUUCUGGAUUUUCUAAAGUGUUAUUAUUAACAUCUAACUCCCAAGUAAGUCCAUUAUUUAAAUCGCUUGCAAUCGACUUUUUAAGUAGUGUUAAAUUCGGUACUGUUACUAUUAAAAAUGUCAAAGACAUUCCAAAUCACAUAGAAAUAGAUGGAAAAGAAGUAGAAUUAAGCACAGAUGUUGAAAAUAUAUCAUUACCUUUACUUUUAUAUUAUGAUGAUUCUACUUCAACAUUUAAGAGAUAUUCUCAAAAUGGUAAAUUGAAUAACAAAAAGAAGAUAUCUCAAUGGAUUGUGGAUGAAACUAAUUCACAACCAGUAGAAGGGCCCUUAUCCAAGAAAGAAAAGAAGUACUACUCUAAUUAUAGAUCUGGUAAGAAAGUGAAGAAGCAAGUUCCACAUGAUGAACUUUGA